AUGGAGCGCGACAAGGCGGUCCACGAGCGCGGCCACUGGAACAACAAGGUGGAGUUCGUGCUGAGCGUGGCGGGGGAGAUCAUCGGGCUGGGGAACGUGUGGCGCUUCCCUUACCUGUGCUACAAGAACGGAGGAGGGGCGUUCCUGAUUCCCUAUGUGGUGUUUUUUAUUUGCUGUGGAAUUCCUGUUUUUUUCUUGGAAACAGCUCUGGGACAGUUCACGAGUGAAGGUGGCAUUACAUGUUGGAGGAAAGUUUGCCCUUUAUUUGAAGGCAUUGGCUAUGCGACACAGGUGAUUGAGGCCCAUCUAAAUGUGUAUUACAUCAUCAUCCUGGCAUGGGCCAUUUUCUACCUGAGCAACUGCUUCACCACCGAGCUCCCCUGGGCUACCUGUGGGCAUGAGUGGAACACAGAGAAUUGUGUGGAGUUCCAGAAACUGAACAUGAGCAACCACAGUCAUGUGUCCCUGCAGAACGCCACCUCUCCCGUCAUGGAGUUUUGGGAGCGUCGGGUCCUGGCCAUCUCAGAUGGGAUCGAACACAUUGGGAACCUCCGUUGGGAGCUGGCCUUGUGUCUCCUGGCAGCCUGGACCAUCUGCUACUUCUGCAUCUGGAAGGGGACCAAGUCCACAGGAAAGGUUGUAUACGUCACUGCAACAUUUCCCUAUAUCAUGCUUCUGAUUCUGCUGAUCCGAGGGGUCACCUUGCCUGGGGCCUCCGAAGGCAUCAAGUUCUACCUGUAUCCUGACCUCUCCCGGCUCUCCGACCCACAGGUCUGGGUAGAUGCUGGGACACAGAUCUUCUUCUCCUAUGCCAUCUGCCUGGGUUGCCUGACCGCUCUGGGAAGUUAUAACAAUUAUAACAACAACUGCUACAGGAAUCUUAUUCAGACCCCGUCCCUACCUUGUGGGGCAAAGAUUUAUCCCAGGGCAGGCCCCGGCCUGGCCUUUAUCGCUUACCCCAAGGCUGUCACCAUGAUGCCUCUCUCGCCACUGUGGGCUGCCCUGUUCUUCAUGAUGCUCAUCUUCCUGGGCCUGGACAGCCAGUUUGUGUGCGUGGAAAGCCUCGUGACCGCCGUGGUGGACAUGUACCCCAAGGUCUUCCGGAGGGGCUACCGGCGGGAGCUGCUCAUCCUGGCUCUAUCCGUCAUCUCCUAUUUUCUGGGCCUCGUGAUGCUAACGGAGGGCGGCAUGUACAUCUUCCAGCUCUUCGACUCCUAUGCCGCCAGCGGGAUGUGCCUUCUCUUUGUGGCCAUCUUCGAGUGUGUCUGCAUCGGCUGGGUGUAUGGAAGCCAUCGCUUCUACGAUAACAUCGAAGACAUGAUUGGUUACCGGCCACUGUCGCUCAUUAAAUGGUGCUGGAAGGUUGUGACCCCCGGAAUCUGUGCGGGUAUCUUCAUCUUCUUCCUGGUCAAGUACAAGCCUCUCAAGUACAACAACAUCUAUACCUACCCUGCCUGGGGCUACGGAAUCGGCUGGCUCAUGGCCCUCUCCUCCAUGCUCUGCAUCCCACUCUGGAUCUUCAUCAAGGUGUGGAAGACAGAGGGGACGCUGCCUGAGAAACUCCGCAAGUUGACCAUCCCCAGCGCUGAUCUGAAAAUGCGGGGCAAGCUUGGGGGAGGCCCACGGACGGUGACGGUUAAUGACUGUGACGCCAAACUCAAGGGCGAUGGGACCAUUGCAGCCAUCACAGAGAAGGAGACACACUUCUGAGCAACACCUCCACCUCGGACGCCCCUCCUUCGUUUCCUCCCCGCACCCCACAUGUGUAAAUGAGUACCUGAAACACGUAUUUCACCUAAUGAUAGAGGCUUGCUCGUUUGGCACAGGAUUUAUUAACAAGUUAAUUUUAAGGUGGCCGUGUACAUUCUGGGAUGUCCCAUCCCCCUCCUUGCCCCCGUUUUCAUGUAAGUAACAUUACGAAGAGAUAAUACUGUACAGGGACUAGCAGAAUCUUCUGGAGGAGGACAGUUUUAACCAAUGUUUCCUAGGGGGUAGGGAGAAGUUGUAUCAUAUGGUCAAACUUUUAUACUUGGGCUGUGGGGCAGGUGGGGUGGGGGUGGUGCCUGUCCUCUGUCGGACGUUUAGCUGACCAGUCCAUGUCCCUCCAUUCGUCCCUGACCAUUGCAGCUGCCCCUCCUCCAUGCCCCCACGAGGAUCUUUGCCUUCAAAUCCUGCCUUUGCCACCCCCAAUCUCUUAGUAGUGGGUUUGCAGACAGCAAGGCUGUGUCAGAGAAAGUCUCACCAGACUAGGAACUCCUGGGUUAUAUAGCCGAACCCCCAAUCCUGAUCCCUCUAAGUGACCUUGGGUGCUCCCAUCCCCUCCCUGGGCCUCAGUUUUCCCGUUUCUCAAAUGGGGGGGGGGGGCUGGAUCAGGUGAUCUCUGAGGUCCUUCCUGGCCCUGCCAUGUCUCUUGGGGAGUCUCUUGGUGUGCCUCACAGGCUGGCAGGCCUCACCUUGACCUUGGAUUAUUCUGAAGACUCACUCGGAAGCUAUCUUCCCUGCAUUGCACCUCCUGCUUAUUUAAAAUCAAGUUUGUCGUGAAAAUGAUGUGGUAUUUCAUCCUAAAACUCUAGUACGGUGCACCUGUGAGUGGCUCCUUUCUCUGGAGUCCUGCCAGGUCCUCAGCCCCAUGACAGGGCUCGUCCUGUCCUGUCCACCUGCUCUCCCCCUCAUCUCUGCGUCUCCAUCCUCAUGGGGCUAGCUGGCAGCUCCUGGGCGCUAACUUUUGGGGGCAGCAAGCCACUGCUAUUCCCUUGUGGCUGUUUGUCCUGCCACUGCCCCAGCAAGGAGCUGUGUCUAGAACCUUCUGCAGCCCCCCAGGGGAAGGAGCCAGAGUAGGGCCUGAAGCCUGCUUUUGUCCUCUGACCCUUCUUCAUCGCCUGUCAUCUCCCUCUUGCUGUCCUCUGCCCUCCUCUCUCUCCCGAGUCCAGCUUCCUCCCGGUCCUCCCCAUCUUCCUUCCUGUCGCCAGCAGACCCUCCUAUCAGAGGCUUCUUCCCACCCUGUUUGGGAGCCAUCCUAGCUGCCUCUCUCGCCAGGCAACUGAGAAGCCUCAGUGCUUAUAUUGGAGGGGAGAACUGGGCCCCCACCCCUCAUCUGUGCAGGCCUGGGGCUGCGGGGGGCGAGGCCAGUGCUGCCUCAGACCCCUCUGCCUGACCUCUCUUCCUUAAUCGGAUUUCAUCAGCACUCUGUCUUGGAUUCGGAGUUAUUCGGGAACAGGGAAGGUACAUUCUUUAUCCUUUUCCGUUGUGUUCCCAGUUGUAUUUGAUGCAAACAGGAGCUUUCUGCAAACUAAGACUUUAGUUUCCUGCAGGGAACCCACAUGUGUGAUUCACCCAAAACUUUACGAACGGACAGCUCCUCUGUCCGGCCAGCCCCUAUCUCAAGCCCAGGGUUGCUAGAAGGGCUGCCCAGUGCCCAUCCUCGAGGCGGGUCAGGACGCCUCGUUCUGGGCCCCCUUUUGCACAUACUGCCCAGGCCUGCCUGGCUCUCCUCGAGCUGUCUGAGCUUGUGGACCCAGGAAGUGGACCCAGGAAGAUCCGGCCUUGCGCUGAGCCCUCUGCUUGUGUCUGUCCUCAGCGACUCUUCCCCCACCAGGUCCCGGGGAGGGAGGCUCCCCACUGCUGCUGCUACCGGUUCUCCGCCUACAGCUGUGAGGUCUCUCUGGGGACACACUGCAUUGUACCUGUGGCACUUAACAUUUCACUCACUUAACACUACUCAUGGGCCAGGGUGGAGGGAGGGCUUUGGCUCUUUGUUUUUUUGUAAUUUCCUACUAGUAUUUGGGCAACUUGGGGUGGGGUGGGGAGGGAAACAUGGGGGCAGGAAAAAUGUCAUUGUGGAGACUUUUUUGAUAUUCAUUAGAAACAAUACAUCCUUUCUGAGAUAUUUACAGAAUUAUUAAAAAUGAAAAAGGUUGUACUGUUUUACAUAAUGAACGUUUUUAUUGGGUAUUCAAGGGGCACACGAUUGUCUGCUUACUCAUUUUUAAAAAUUAAAGGAAUGAACACACUGUAUGUGGCUGUUCCCA